CCCUGGGCGGGGACCCGCCCCGCCGUCAGCCUAGGUUGAGGCUCCCUGCGUGUGUCUAUAACUUUGUGCUGCCGCCGCGGCCGCCCUGCUCGUGGAAGGGAGGAGGAGGAAUGUGGAAGGCGGCGGCGCGCAGGCUGACAGGAGCUUCCUCCCGCGGGCUGCGGCGGCGGCCCGAGCGCCCCCUCGUCGCGGUGCCCUGGGCUCGCUCGGAAUCGUGCGUCCCCCCGCCUCGUCCCUGAAGGGAAGGAGCCGAGGCAGCCGGAGCCCGAGCCUUCGCGGCGCCCGGGUCUUCUCCCGCCGCACCCAGCCUGGGCGCGAGAGCCCGAGCCGCGGGCGGCGGGCGGGCGGCGAAGAUGGCAGAGGCACCGGCCUCCCCGGUCCCGCUCUCUCCGCUGGAAGUGGAGCUGGACCCAGAGUUCGAGCCCCAGAGUCGGCCGCGCUCCUGUACGUGGCCCCUGCAGAGGCCGGAGCUGCAGGCGAGCCCGGCCAAGCCCUCGGGGGAGACGGCGGCGGACUCCAUGAUCCCCGAGGAGGACGACGAUGAAGACGACGAGGACGGCGGCGGCCGGGCCAGCUCGGCCAUGGUGAUCGGCGGCGGCUUGAGCAGCACGCUGGGCUCUGGGUUGCUCCUCGAGGACUCGGCCAGGCUGCUGGCUCCCGGAGGGCAGGACCUCGGGUCCGGGCCAGCGUCCGCCGCAGGCGCGCUGAGUGGGGGCACGCAGACGCCGCUGCAGCCUCAGCAGCCACUGCCACCGCUGCAGCCGGGGGCGGCUGGGGCCUCCGGGCAGCCGAGAAAAUGCUCUUCGCGGCGGAAUGCCUGGGGGAACCUGUCCUACGCCGACCUGAUCACCCGCGCCAUCGAGAGCUCCCCGGACAAACGGCUCACUUUGUCCCAGAUCUACGAGUGGAUGGUGCGCUGUGUGCCCUACUUCAAGGAUAAGGGCGACAGCAACAGCUCUGCGGGCUGGAAGAACUCUAUCCGGCACAACCUGUCACUGCACAGCCGGUUCAUGCGAGUGCAGAAUGAAGGAACCGGCAAGAGCUCCUGGUGGAUCAUCAACCCCGACGGCGGGAAGAGUGGGAAGGCCCCCCGGCGACGGGCCGUCUCAAUGGACAACAGCAACAAGUACACCAAGAGCCGCGGCCGAGCGGCCAAGAAGAAGGCAGCCCUGCAGGCCGCCCCGGAGUCAGCAGAUGACAGUCCUUCCCAGCUCUCCAAGUGGCCAGGCAGCCCCACGUCCCGCAGCAGCGAUGAGCUGGAUGCGUGGACAGACUUCCGCUCACGCACCAAUUCCAACGCCAGCACAGUCAGUGGCCGCCUGUCACCCAUCCUGGCAAGCACAGAGUUGGAUGACGUCCAGGACGAUGAUGCGCCACUCUCCCCAAUGCUCUAUAGCAGCUCUGCCAGCCUGUCGCCCUCUGUGAGCAAGCCGUGCACUGUGGAGCUUCCACGGCUGACAGACAUGGCGGGCACCAUGAAUCUGAACGAUGGGCUGACCGACAACCUCAUGGAUGACUUGCUAGAUAACAUCACGCUCCCACCAUCCCAGCCAUCACCUCCUGGGGGGCUUAUGCAGCGGAGCUCCAGCUUCCCAUACACCGCCAAGAGCUCUGGCCUGGGCUCCCCGACCAGCUCCUUCAACAGCACCGUGUUUGGACCCUCGUCUCUGAACUCUUUACGACAGUCACCCAUGCAGACCAUCCAAGAGAACAAGGCAGCCACCUUUUCUUCCAUGGCACACUAUGGUAACCAGACACUCCAAGACCUGCUCACUUCAGACUCACUCAGCCACAGCGACGUCAUGAUGACUCAGUCAGACCCCUUGAUGUCUCAGGCUAGCACUGCUGUGUCUGCCCAGAAUGCCCGCCGGAAUGUGAUGCUUCGCAAUGACCCCAUGAUGUCCUUCGCUGCCCAGCCUACCCAGGGGAGUCUGGUCAAUCAGAACUUGCUCCACCACCAGCACCAAACCCAAGGCGCUCUUGGUGGCAGCCGUGCCUUGUCAAAUUCUGUCAGCAGCCUGGGCUCAGCCAAACACCAGCAGCAGUCCCACGUCAGCCAGUCUAUGCAAACCCUCUCGGACUCUCCCUCAGGCUCCUCACUGUACUCAGCUAGUGCAAACCUUCCCGUCUUGGGCCAUGACAAGUUCCCCAGUGACUUGGACCUGGACAUAUUCAAUGGGAGCUUGGAAUGUGACAUGGAGUCCAUUAUCCGUAGCGAACUCAUGGAUGCUGACGGGUUGGAUUUUAACUUUGACUCCCUCAUCUCCUCACAGAAUGUUGUUGGUUUGAACGUGGGGAACUUCACUGGUGCUAAGCAGGCCUCAUCUCAGAGCUGGGUGCCAGGCUGAAGGAUCACUGAGACCCUCCAACUGACAGAAGACCUACAGAGAAAACCCUUUGCCAAAUCUGCUCUCAGCAAGUGGACAGUGAUACAUACCGUUUACAGCUUUGUGAAUCUCACGCCAUUCUCCUAACCCAGCAGAGACUGUUAGCAGCCGUGGCCCUGGGUGAAGCCCUUACCCGUGGAACAGAACUCUAUAAUGUAUGCAAAAUCUAACUCCUGAGUGACCUGCCAGCGAGGACAGCACCCUUCCACAUCACCCACUCUCCUUCAGAGCACACCGGGGGCCCCUGGCGAUUCUGUCGAGCUUCAUAUCAUGAUGGUUUAUGGGAUGUUUUAAGUGUUGUGUGUUUCCCUUUGACCCUCUGAGUUUUUCACACACAGUCACUUGCAGUAUUUUUCUGUUGAAAACGUUAACUGCCCUUCCCCUAGCACACUUCAAAGCAGAAGGGAAGUCCUGUACCAGUUCCCGGUCUGGCUUUGAGCGUCACAAGCCCUCGAGCCCGCGGAACCCCACAAACUUAACACAUGACAUAAACUAAAGGGGGAUUUUCUUUCUUCUUUUGUUUGGUAGAAAAUUAUCCUUUUCUAAAAACUGAACAAUGGCACAAUUGUUUGCCCUGCGCACCCGUCCAGGACUGAACUGUGCGUAGGUGGAGCACAUGGAGGCAGGCAGGCAUCUGACCCAGUAGUUUCCAGUUCUGAGUCGGGGUGGUCUGUGCACGGGGACCCCAGUGCCCACCCUCCAGCUGCCUGCUCAGUCGGGCUUACGGUCCCGUCAUUCUCCUCAGCUAAUGCAGUAGACAGUGUCUGCUCUUAGGAACUAGGACCUCUUGGGGAAAGCUCAGCUACUGCUCAUUGCCAAAUGCCACUGACGGGUUUAGUUUUAAGGAGAAAAGAAAAAAAGAAAUGUUUGCUAUUUGGCUUCAUAGAAGUUGUGGGAUUACUGGUGAGCCAUUAAGCGUGUGGUGAGAAAUGUGUGAAAUAGGCAAACCAAGUCUGUACUAAGGCAGGGGUCCAACUUCACUGUUUUUGAAACAUACACAUCUUUUGAUUAUUUUCAACCUUGCUGUGUAUACUCUGAUCUUUGUAGAAGUGUAUGAGUGACAGGCAAUAGCGUACAGGUGAUAUAUAGAAGAUUAGGUUGUAAUUGUACAAGUGACACUUGGAAAUACAAGAUAAGGCAGUUUAAAUUUUUUUUUUUUUUUUUAAUUCUCUCUGCUUCUAUGGAUCUCAUUUUUCUGUUUUGUUUUCCAACAGUUAUGGUGCUGUAUAGGUGCUUUCUGUUUAACCUGCAAAGUGUGAGUGCGUUCAUGACUCCUUGGAGAGACAGCCUAGUUGGGAACACCUUUGGUACAUACAAAACUGGUGUAACGAUGCCCUGGUUAGCACAGCAUAUACAUACUCCUCCAAAGUGAUAUGCGAAAACUCUUUUCUUUGCAUAAGAAGCAUUAGGCAUAUAAGUGUAUAAAUAUAUUUUAUCAUGUACAGUACAAAAGUGGAGCUUUAUGCAUGGCGUUGGGAAUGUGGGCUAAUGAUCCAGCACGGUUUCCCUGCUUGAGUUCCUGCUGUUGCAUGCACUGUGGCAGCAGACACCAACAUGGGCGUGCCACCCAGUCCCCUGCACCCACCACCGGCUCCCUUGUGCACCUUUGCUUUAUAGCUCCUCUGGGGGGUGGUGUUGGUGGCAGUCACAGCUCCUAGCAUAAUGAGAGUUCCCUUUGGUAUUCUCACACGUCCUUCCUGCCUCACUUGGGUUAUCAGGUCUGAGUGAUGGCCCUGUCGAUUUCACUCUGCCUUCUCCAGAAUCUGUACAUUGUCACGCAGUUAGGGCUCCAGUAGGCUUAUAGCACAUUGCCUUUUCCAAACUGCUGCGUUUAGAGUCUUCAUUUUGAAAGUCGAAUUUUGAAAAUGUGUAUCCUGUUCACAUGGUCUGCUUGUCAGUGAGCCAUACCUGCUUACUUCAUUCCUUGAUGAUGACACUAGCCACUCCCCGUUGUCCCGUAGUUGGCUGUCCACAUGACCUGUGUCAUUUCAGCAGUGGGCAGGCAGGCUGGCGUCCCAGAGCGCUGCUUCCUCGGUGGGAUGCCUGGGGGUGGCAGUCGAGGGAGUGGGGAGAGCUCAGGUACAAGGGAGGACCCAAGUGCUUCCAACAGGGGGGCCCUGAGAAUUCUCUCCUGAGUUAAAAGAAAUGAGCAGACUAAUUCACAAGCCAGCCGCUUGGCUGUGCAGUUUACAGGCGCUGGGAGUGGGAAAGGCAACCCUCCAGUGUAUUCCCCUAGUUUUAAAAAGUUGAAUUCCUUUUAGACAUGUGACUUCUCAUUUGUUUUCUUUCCCAGUGUUUGUUGGAUUUCAAGCACCAAGUUUCACAGAGUGUCCUAGAAACAGAUUAUAAGCUGAAGCAAAGACAAUGUGAGGCCAGGGCGGCCUCAGCAGAUUAGAAAAGUGGAGGCAAAAUGCCUUGAUGUACUUUACUUUUUAAAAUAAUAGAGUCCACACAUAGGAUGUGUGGAGAGCUGAGGCCUGCCAGGCCCAGAUAUCUUACACAGCCAUCCUCAGGGCCCACACAGAGAGGCCACGCUCCUGUAAGAAGCCCAGGUCUCUGGCAGUCAUACUCCACAGAGGUGACACCUGGGCCCUCUGUACCUUCUGUUAAAACCAUGCUUUCAGGGUGGGCUGGUCACUGUCCACCAAGUAGCAGUCUCGAUGUCUUAAGCCCGUAACAAUGAAGUGCUCUGUGGAGACAUCUGAGCAGAUGCCCUCAUGACCUCCGAGGCUAGGGCCUGCUGCUGUGGUGGAGUCCUGAUAAGAAAUGCCUGUGUGAACCUUCUCAGGGCACCCAGCACACUUGUGACAGGAUACAGAAAGCAGGGUGCCCGAUGUUGAGGACCGAGGCACUCUUGAGCACUGCGGUUCUCUUCAGGCUCGAGAACCUGCUAUCUUUUACCAAAGCUAGAGAAGAGCGGUGUGGCAAGCCUGCCCCGUCCUGGCGUUGGGACUGGCCGGGCUCAGCACGCCCUGUCCACUGUGAGUGCGUCUCAGGCGGUGGCCUUCUUGUAGCCUCUGUGACUCCUGAAGCACAUGGGAUGUUUCCUGCGUCUCCUGCCAGUGGAGGCUCAUGCACACGGGGGUAGCCCAAAACGGACAUUGUUUUUAGGGUGAUGAUUAGCAUCAUGUGUAUUACCUUCCCAGCCAGAGGAGAGGUACAUCCCAUCUCAGGUGUGACUUCAGCCAACUUCCAGGUCCGUGUACAGGUUAAAGGUCACAGGGACAGGACUUGGCCUUUUCCUAAGGAGCUCCAUUCACUGAACGAGCAAGCAUCAUUUGAAUCUUUUGGAAAAAAGACCUUCAGGAGUAAAGCAGAGAAAGGAAGCCUGUCUCUUAGACUGAGGGGGGCACAGAAACAAAUCCUUUUCUCUAAAAACAAAGGAAAGGUGGUAUAGACUAGUUUUCCUUUUACUUCAUGUAUUUGGGGAACAUCAUAUGAUUAGGCACAAUUUUUUUUUUUUUUUUAAAUCAGAUCUUUUGUAGAAAAAGAUUCACUGGUACAGAGGUACAAAGAAGCCACUUGGUGGGGUGGGAGCAGCAAGGGACCAGGGCAUGAGGCGGGAGAGGUGGCUCAUGGGAUUGUGUCUGUCAAACAAGGCCUUAGAGCAGAUGCCCAGGUCACUGAUAAUAGCGGGUGGUGUUUGAACUAAAUUCUGAGUGUGUAAAACGCGGACUAAAUGGACGAAGCAUUUUCUCUUGUUGAGUUUUAUGCAUUUGUAUUUUUCUUUUGUGAGUUAAUGAUUACAAGGCCUGCCACACUCCAGGAAUACUUGUGCAGCUGGUUAAAAAAAAAAAAAAAAAAAGUGUGUGUGUCUGGUCACUUAUUUCUCUAAAAUUAUCUCAUUGCCUGGCAGUCCGCCUUCUCUUGUAUACUUGUCCUAGCACAUUAUGUACGUGGGUGAUGUAAACAGAUGCGAAGGAGACCAGAGGAAUUAGUGAAAUAUUGAAAAAUGUCUUGUGCAUUUGAGCUUCACAUGUCUAACUUUUUUUUUAAGGGGAAAAAAAGUUGCAUGAACGAGAAAACAAUUCUGUAUACAGUUUCUAUAAAAAUGGCUUAUCUGUUUUGAUUUCUUGCUUCUGCCCCACACAAACUAGAAUUCAGUAUGGCACGUGGCCAUAUUCAGACACCUAAGAAGCCGGUCAUCGUUUGGUGUGAAGCAGCUUGUCCUUGCAAAGCAAACACUAUUGUACUGUAUUCGGAGUCCUGAGGACCAUGUCUAACCAGACAUUGCCAUGAAUUAGCCCUGCCGCCUUUCUUCUUUCUUGAGGAUCAAAACCAGCUUGAUUUGGGAAUCUGCCCCUUUCCGGUGACAUGGAGAUGCUUCCUUCCCUUGGUGUCUGUAGAUAUUGCCUGUGUAUUCCAUUUAAAACCAUAAUCUAGUUUGUAAAAGCGGUGAUGACGCAUGUAAAUAAAGCAUUGAUGACACUCUA